GCGGAAGUAAGGUCCUGGCGCGCCCUCAUGGACUCCCUCCUGCAGCACCUGGAUCGCAUCUCCGAGGUUCUGGCCGUCUCCCGCACACCCCACGUCAGUAGCUGGGAUGCCGUCGCGGUGCGCAGGGCCUUGCAGUGGGCUCGGUACAUGCGCCACGUCCACAGGCGCUUUGGCUGCCGUGUCGCCAUUCGCACGGCACUGGAGAGGCGGCUGCAAACCCAGUGGAAGCAGGACUGCUCCGGGCCCGCUGCAUUCUCCGGGUUGACGAACUUCCGGGACUUGGGGCGCUGUGACAUCCUGCUGUCUCAAAGUCUGCUGGACAACCGGGCCCUCAGUGAUGCCGCCUUUCAUUGCCUGCUGCAGCAGCUCUUUCCUGGACCUGGCGUCUCGGACGCCGAAGAGGAGACGCUCCAGAGCCGCCUGACCCUCCUUGCCCGCCGCAGGUCCGCGGUCCACCUGCUGCGCUUCAGCGGUUUUGGAGAGAACUCGGCCGCUAGGGACGACCCACUGGUGAAGACUCAGGCGGAGCUGCUGCUGGAGCGUCUGCAGGAGGUGGGCAAGGCCCGAGCGCAGGGCCCCAGCGGGCUGCUCAGCAGCCUGUGGGAGCGCUUACCUCGGAACAACUUCCUGGAGGUGAUAGCGGCCGCGCUCUUGCUGCCGUCGUCAUCCCCGCGGCCCCCCAAAGAGGAGUUGGAACUGGGCAGCCCCAGAACUCAGCGAGAGGGGGCUCACGAGCUGGUUCACUGGCUUCUGGGGAAGUCGGACAUCAUGGCUACUUUUUGCCGCAGCCUCUCAGCCGCGCUUUUAACUUCGGUGGCAGGCCGCCAUCCAGAGAUUUUUCGGGUCUAUCUGGGUCUGCUAACAGAAUGGGGUCGACAUCUGCACUACGAUCUUCAGAGGGGCAUUUGGGUAGGAGCCGAGGCCCAUGAUGUGUCCUGGGAGGAGUUGUACGGCAGGUUUCAAAGCCUCUGUCAGGCCCCUUCACCUCUGAAAGAUGAAGUUCUAAAGGCCCUGGAGUCCUGUAAAGCGCAAGAUGGAGAUUUUGAAGUCCCCGGUCUUAGCAUCUGGACAGACCUGUUGUUAGCUCUUGGGAGUGGUGCAUGAGUUGCACUGGGGAAAAAAAAAAACAAGGUUUGGGGCUCAGCCCGGGUCCCAGUUUUCUCUGGACAAUGUUCUUUUAUCGAUUACUCGAAUAUACAGUUUACAAAAUUAAAAUUCCAGUGUCCCACCAAAUCUAUAAUAUGUCCAGAAUAUCUCCUAGGUGCUAGUUUAUAAUAAGUGUAAUUAUAAUUUACAAUUAGAAAUAUGUAAAGUAACUUGUGGUGCCAUGGAUUUUGUGGAUAGCGGAGGUGACACUGGAAGUAUCCUACUUAAAGCUAUGUAAUUAAUAAUAGUUUGCUUUUUAGGAAUGCUGAAGAGAUACAUACUUUUCAAAUAAAAAACUACUUUAAAUUGACAAGACACCUUUUUUGUCUAUCAGUAUGGUUUACUUUGUUUUUUUUUACCCCCCCCCCAGUAGUGAAGUUUUCUUUAACCAGCAACUAUGUUAUCAGAAAUGGUUUGAAAAGCAAACUCACUCAUCUAAAUUCUGUCCUCAGUAGCCCUCUCUCUGCAGUAAGUCUUGUCAAGGUCACCAGUCACCUCUAUGAUGCCAAAUUCAAAGGACAUUUUUCUGGUAUCCAACUAUUUGACCUUUCUGGGACUUCACAUAUUUUGACCACUCCCUUCUUUUUUGAAACCAGGCUUGAAAUCUGUUCUAAAUUAUGUGACACCACUGUAUCCUGGUUUCCUCUUACAUUUCUAGCUACUCUUAGUCUGAUUUUCUGGCUAACUUCUCCCCUAAUCCACCUUUCCUGGGAUUUCUCAGACUUUAACAGUCUAGUUCCUCUUGGGUGUACACUACCAUCCCAUGGGAUCUCAUGUAAAGGUGUCACAAGCUACUCAAACCAAACAUACCUAAAACAUAAAUACCCUCACAUAAGCCUGCUUAUUCUCAUGAAUUUCUUAGUAAAUAGCCAGAAACCUGGAAAUUAUCCUUGAAUUCUUCUUUUAACCCUUACAUUUAUUUCAAUGUAUUUCCCCUUCUCUCCCUUUCCAUUCAUCCCCCUAGUAUAGGUUAGGGUGCACGUAGCUUCUUGUUUGCUCAAGACAUUUGAGUUAUGCCUGAUGUCCUGACAUAAUACAAAUGUCCCCUUUUAUUCUCCAGAGUGUCCUGGUUUGCCUGAUAAUUUAUGUGGUCACCCAUCCAUAACUGCCAGAUACUGCAAUUAGCUGGUUUCUGUAUUUUUUUUAAUUGUAGCUCUACAGUCCUUACUCCACCCUAGAUGCUCAAGUAGUGGACUCUGAGUCAUAUUCACCGAGAAAAUUGAAGUGAUUGAAAGAACUUAGGCAGACAUUGACUACGACAUCUAUCUACAUUAGCAUCUGUACCCACAAAAUUCAUCUUCUGUUUUCGGUAAUAAAUUAUUCCAUACUAAACCAAUUUCUGUAGACUCCAAAAUAGAAUUUCUUAGGAUAGGCUGAGCUUUUUUCUUAGAAACUUUCAUUAUUCCUUCAGCCAAGAAUGUGGUAACCCAGGUCCUUCACUUCCCACUUUAAUUUCAUUUUCUCAUCACAAGGCCUCUAGCUAAUUUUCUAGAGGCCUGUUAAUUUUCUUCAAACCACCCACUUUCCUGUUAAUUGUAGCUGUGUUCAUGUGAGUCUGUCUUUUCCACUAGAGCACUGAUUUUCAACCUUUUUUUAGUCUCAUGGUCCACAUAGACUAAAAUAAUAUGGCACACCAAAAAUGUUAUAUUUUUUGCUUCUCUGACAGAAAAAUAGAUAUAAUUUUGACUCAUUCACAGUGAAUAGUUAUUGUGGUGGCUGUUGUCAUUUUUUUAUUUGACAAUCUAAGGGAAAAGAGGUCAGUACCCCUGACUAAAUUGUAAGGUAUUGCAUUUUAAAAAUUCUCAUAGCACACUAGUUGACAAAUCGCUGCACUAGAGUAUUCACUCUGAGGUCAAGGCUGCGUCUAUUGCUAGAACAUUCAAGACCCUCACACUGUACAGAUACACAUUAAGUAGCUGAUAACUAUGAAUGCAUAGGAAUGGAAUAAACAAAAUAAAAGGGAAUGGAACAAAUAUUUGAUUAGAAUAUUACCUUUAGGGUCAUAUCUUUAUAAAAUGUAAGUCAUUUGAGUAGUAGAUAGAAGUAUAAAUCCAAACAAAAAGUGGGAUCUCCAAUACAUCAAAACAUUUCUAAGCUACAACCGAUUUGAAAAACCUGCCAACACUUUUUUCUUGAAUUUUGAGUUCAAUCAACAUUUACCAAUUGCAAGAUUUAGUUACAGGGAUUACGUUGACCAGUUUUACUUGAUCUUUAUAGCUUUUAUACAUUUUGGGGGGGCUCUGAAACAGUGUACCUAAACUCUAAAGUAGUAACCAGUUGUAAAUAGAAUGGCCCAUCUUCCCUAGCAAAUGGUGGAUAUAAGGUAUUCAUGUUAACAUAAAUUAAUGUAAAUGCUUCAGGAAGAAAUCAUUGAUCUCUUUCAGGAAUUAAUUGGAAAUGAUCAAUCACUAUAUUAGAAGUGUGGCAGUAGCAUCAUUUAUCAGAUACUAAUUGUCAGUGGGCUGAGCCGUUUUAGGCUUAGAAAUAAGGUGGCCCUAGGGAAAAAAAGUAGCUUGAAUAAUUACAGUAAUUAAUGUGUAUACAACUGUCUCUUGAAGCUUCAUUACUUUUAAUAUUGGGAUAGAGAUUUGAAUUCGGAAAAGCUUGGGUGUUUUAAAGCCUAUUGUGGUUUUGUCUUUUUGUCUCAUGAAUAAUAAAGAUUUAAAUCUCAAAAUGUUUGAUAUAUAGUAAUUCAGAAGUACAAGCUUAGGGGUUAUAAAAUGUGAAUGAUCAGUUUACGUUUUAUAUGUAUACAUAUUCUAUUAACAGUAUGCUGUGAAUGAAGUCUAUGAUAAUCUCAGGAAUAUAUUUGAAA